CAUCAUCGCACAUCACCAAGAGUCCAAAAGCCUCGCUUCCAUCACCACGCUCACAAGUUCUUCAACCUGAACAGCUCCCGUAACCCCACCAACCACCCCCACACAUUUCACCGACUGCAUCUGAGGGACUACUCAGUCUACCAUCUUCACUUCUACCAUCCCGCCAUUAUGGUCUGCUCAACGCAAUAUCAGGUCGACAAGGCCUCCUCCCGAACCCAGCAGAAGCCCUCGUCGUCGUCCAAGAGCGGUUCCAAACAGCAUCUCCUUCCGGGCAUUCGAUGCCCUACGUGCCAUGCCUCAGGUAAAGAAGUGUGGGUACUACCCGGAAAAGAGUGCGGUUACUGCGGCACCCCCUGUGGCUAG